CGAGGAUGUUUUGUUUUUACUGGAUGGCAGGGCGAGCACGUCUCGUGAUAAACAAGGCCUGUUUCCUCACCAUCUUCCACCAACGGUAAACGUUUUAUGACGACGAGGUUAGCUUAAAAGGCUGGCUCUGCCUCGUGUCCAUGUCAUAUUUCUAUACUUGGAAAUAUAAUUCUUGAUCCAUCCGUUCCGCGUGAAUUCUCGUAUCAUUCAUUGUUGACCUACUUUUGUUUGUGUUUAUCCUGUUGAACCCGCCGUGUGCAUCAGCACCAACUAUGGGACUCCCUCCAAAAGUCUAUCAAUGGCUGAUCGGCGUCUUCGCGUCGCUUGGGUCGGCCACAUAUGGCUAUGACUUGGGUAUCAUCGCCCAAGUCAUCUCCGCACCUUCGUUUCUCAAGCGCGUCGGUGACAACCCGGCCGAGAUCGGUGGCAUCGUCUCCAUCUUCACCGGCGGAGCAUUCUUCGGCGCUCUGGCCGCGGCGCCGACGGCCGACCGUCUGGGCCGCAAGUUCUGCAUAAUGAUCGGUGCCACCAUAUUCAUCGCAGGCGGCCUCUUGCAGGCUCUGGCCCAGAAUACAGCGUACAUGAUGGCCGGCCGUGGCAUCGGGGGGAUUGGAAUCGGCGCCAUGAUCAUGAUAAUACCCGUGUAUCAGGCCGAACUGACCCACCCCAGCAUCCGAGGCACCGUCACGGCACUGCAGCAGUUCAUGCUCGGGGUGGGGGCUCUCUUCGCCGGUUGGUUCUCGUACGGCAUGACGGUGGGGGUUUCGGACGAGAACGAGAACCAAUGGCGCAUCUCGCUGGGGCUUCAAGUCGUGCCGGCCGGCAUCCUCGCCUUGUUGAUCAUGCUGUUCCCCGAAUCCCCCCGGUGGCUAAUCGACCAUGGCAAGGCCGAGAAAGGUCUGGAGACGCUGGCCAAGCUGCACGCCCACGGGGACGUCAACGACCCCUGGGUGCAGGCGGAAUACUCUCAGAUCAAAGAGUCGAUCGACACGGAGCACGAGACCGAGGCCAAGUCGUACACGGAGCUGUUCCGCGACAAGUCCUGCCUCCGCCGCCUCUGGCUCGCGGCCUCCAUCCAGGCGUCGGUGCAGAUGACGGGCGUGUCGAGCAUCCAGUACUACAGCGUCGCGAUAUUCGCAAAGAUGGGCAUCUCGGGCAGCGACACCCUCAAGUACCAAGCCAUCUCUGGAAUCUGGGCUCUGGUGGCGCAGGCGCUCUGCAUGGCCUUUGUCGACCGUCUGGGCCGGCGUUGGCCUCUAAUCCUGGGAAACGUGUUCAACUGCGUAUCAUUCAUCAUCACCACCGCCCUUCUGGCCUCUUUUCCGCCGGGCGAGUCGGGUGGGAAUAUAUCGGCCAGCUGGGCCUUCAUCGUCAUGACGUGGCUUUAUAACUUUUCCUUUAGCGCCACGUGCGGCCCGCUGUCGUGGAUCAUUCCUGCAGAAAUCUUUGACACGAAGACACGUGCCAAAGGUGUUAGCAUCGCCACGGCUGUCAGUCUAGCCUUCAACGCCAUGAUCGGACAGUGUUCAUCUGUUGCUUUGGAUGAUGAGACGGGGAUAGGCUGGAGGUGGUAUAUUUUGUUUAUUGUUUGCAACGCAACCAACGCCAUCUAUUUUUGGGCCGUGCUUCCCGAGACUGCACGCCGACCCCUCGAGGAGAUGCGCUACCUCUUCACGGAAGCACCAUUCUUCAUCCCGACCAUGGACCCGAGCAGGGCGUACUCGAACGAUCUGGCCGACAGGCUUGAACAAGCAGAGCGAAAGCAGGAUGCAGCUGUCGAGGGACGUGAUGAAACACACGUUUGAGUAGAAGAAUGCGACGAGGGGAGAGAGAAAAAAAAAAAAAAAAAAAUAUUAGGCGAGCCGGCCGAGUUGACUUAUUUUGGUGCUAUUUUAACCGAAUGUCACUCAUGCUAACUGUACUCCGCUUGGCUGACAU